CACACUUUUCAAAAAUAAUUAUUUUGCUCUUCAGUGGCGGUAUUUAAUUAAUGUGUGCUAUUUUAGUGAUUUACCAAGUUAAAAAGCUUCAAAAAAAUGGAAGGAAUGGAAGAUAUGUACAAAGAUCCCGUACAGUUAGCGGAAGGGAUUAAUAUGAGAAACCUUAUGGAAAACAAAUUGGUGGAAUUUUCCAUAGACUUAGAUUUUAAGACGAAAUCAAUGCUAUCUUCCUCCCUUGACGAGGAUCUAUUUGCUGAUAUUUAUGAUGAUAGUGACUCGGAUGAUGCUCUUGUAAAAAUUGAGGAGUCGGCUGAGAAGAUGUUGUUGUCGUCUCCAGAGUAUCACUCGUUUGAUCAGCUUUCGAAGAAGAUGAUAGACUGCCUGCCAAGUGGUGAUGUCAAAUUGUUGAUUAUUGAAGAAGGAGAGGGACCCCUGGUGCCUCCUGAUGCAGAAAUAUUAAUACAUCACGCGGCGUAUUACGAAAGAUGUGAUAUACCGUUUGAUACAACUUUAACUAUGAAUAAAGGACAGCCUAUGCGUAUCCGCCUAGGCGUAGGCAAGAUGUUGCCAGGCCUAGAAAUAGGUAUAACCCACGUCAAAGGCCCUAAGGCUAGGUUCCACCUGCUUCUCCAACCGGCCGUGGCUUGGGGCCGUAGAGGCAUACUGCCGAGGAUACAACCCAAGCCUGUGUUGUUUGUCAUAACUCUAUAUGAUGUUCGCUGUGUCGCUGCCGCUUCUAGGUUCAACGAUCUCCCAACAGCUGAGCAAGCGAAGUUCGAAACUACAGUCAAAACAAUCAAAGAUAUACGCGCCGAAGCCAAAGACUUAUUCAAAAGACAUAAAUAUGUUCAAGCUAUUAGAAGCUACCAACAAGCUAUGUCCGUCCUAUCUCUCUCACAGCCACAAAAUAAAAGCGAAGAAGAAGAAAUAAAAGAUUUAAAAGUCAAAAUGUAUGUCAAUUUAGCUAUAUGUUACUAUAAAGUAAAUAAACCUAAAUAUAUUAUCGGCAUGUGUGAACAUAUUGAUAGGAUUAUUGAUAUAAAUAAACACUGUAAAGCUAUAUUUUAUUACGGUCGUGCACACGAACUUUUAGGUAGGAUAGAUGAAGCAAUUUCUUGUUAUAAAAAAGCGCUAAAGUUAGAACCGAAAAAUAAAGAGAUCGGUCAGAUUUUAGCGGAUUUAGAUCAGAAAAAUAAACAGUCCGCCAUUACUGAAAAGGUUAUGUGGCGUAAGGCUUUAUGUAAUGAGUCGGUUGAAAAAGAAAAGUUAGUCUAUGAUGUGGAUGGAGAUUUUAAAAAUGGCGUCGAAGACAUGUGUCAAGAAUUGGUGGGAAGAGAUGGGUAUUUCAAAUUCGAUCUGCCAAUGGGUUUGACAAAAGAUGAAGUAAUUUGUAUUAAAGAUUUAACCAGUAAGUUUGAUUGUUUAAAGGUUCUAGAAGAUGGGGAUGGGAAGAAAAAGAAAGUUUCUAUUAUUAAAAAGGAAUGAUUUUGUAAAUGAGAUAUUGAAAA